UAAUCAUUUAAUUGUGAGUCUUUUGUGACAGUUGAAGAUUUAGAUUAAUCAAUUACAGUGUUAAAAGGGAAAACAAUUAACAGCCGAUUAAAAAUUUUCUAAAGAUUAUGGUGGGUUAAUUAUCUUCCUAAUUGUGAUCCAUGUUUGCCUGUUAAUCUCAUUCUCUAUUUAUCUUCAUCCGUCAACUUUUGACUUGAACGUCGUCAACUUCCGUUUCCUUGGAUUUUUAUCUUGGUGUUUUUUGUUUUCUAUUCUGUUUUUAUAAACUUGAAGAUAUUGUUUUGUAUUUGCUAUUGAAUAGAAAAAUUUUAAUAAUGUUUGGUAGUUCAAUCGCUGAGAAUUUAAUUGUCACAGCGAUAGCCACGAUUCCACUUUUGUUCAUCGCUAAUUGGCCUUGGUUGGGAAUCUUUCUGGUGAAAGUGAUAACUGUUUGUGUUGAUUUUUUCAGUCUAACUUUUCACAUUAUCUGGCAAAAACCAUGGAGAUCAUGGAUCGCCAUGAACCGAAAAAGAGGUUAUCGUGAGAACCCUAAUGAUCCUGAAUCUCCAUUCAUACGAUUCGGUGAACCCCUUGAAUAUGAUCCACAAAUUUUGGCGAGUCCAACGAUCGCCGAAUGGUUUGAUAUUGUGGUCAAUAAAUAUACUGAUUCCAAGUGCCUCGGAACUCGUCCAGUCCUCUCAGAAUUUGAAGAGCGCCAAUCCAAUGGAAAAAUCCUGAAGAAAUAUUUACUCGCCGAUGAUUAUUUCUUUAUCAAUUAUAAACAAACUGAAGAUAAAGUUAAGAAAAUUAUUAAUGGAUUAAUAAUCAACGGCGUUGGUCCUGGUGAUAAAAUUGUCCUUUUUUCGGAAACUCGAGAGGAAUGGCUUUUAUCGGCAUUCGCUGCAUGGAGACUUGGUGCAAUUACGGUUACAAUUUACGCCAAUUUAGGACUUGACGGGAUCGUUGCGAUUCUUGAUCAAACUAAAGCUAAACAUAUGGUAACUUCAUUUGAUUCAAUUGGUAAAUUAAGUAAAAUCUCCAAUAAAAUUGAUCACUUGAAGAUCAUUUUCUGUGCCAAUGGUCCAGGUAAAAAAGGGCCAGUUUCAUGUCCAGGAUUCGAUAAGUUCAACGUGAUUCCUUUCGAUGAAUUAUAUAAGAGUGAAAAUGUCGCCGAAUCGAAAAAAAUUGCUCUACCUAAGCCUGAGGACAUUGCGUGUAUCAUGUACACUUCUGGUUCGACUGGUGUACCUAAAGGUGUUCUAAUAUCUCAUUCUAACUUUAUGAAUGCAAUGAAAGCACUUAUUACAUCGGCCGUUGGUAAUUACAAUUACGGUGAUCAUGAGGCUUAUUUGGCCUAUUUACCGUUAGCUCAUAUCUUUGAAAUGGGUGCUGAGGUUUUGAUGUUUUCCAUGGGAAUACCGAUCUGCUAUUCGUCCCCUCAGACAAUGUUUGACAACGCAACAGGAAUUAAGAAAGGUUGUAAAGGCGAUAUGAAUAUUAUCCGACCGACAAUCAUGCCAGCGGUACCUUUAAUCCUUGAUCGGAUCAAGAAAACAGUCGAAGAUAAAGUUUCAGGCUCAGAGUUUGGCCGCGAUUUAUUUCACUAUGCAAUGGAAUACAGAAAAUUCUGGUACCAUUAUGGUUUCGAAACUCCGAUUAUCGACCAUUUUGUUUUUAAAAAAGUUCGUCAAGCUUUAGGUGGACACUUGAAAUUAAUGUUCGUUGGUGGAGCUCCGUUAUCACCGGAAACACAAGAGUUCAUCACGAUCUCAAUGGGCAUCCGAUUGGUUCAAGGUUAUGCGGCCACUGAAGGUACAGCGUGCGCCGCAUUAAUGGACUUGGAUGAUCGUUCAUUGGGUCGCUGUGGUGGUCCACUUUUCGGUGCUAAAGUUGCUCUGGUCGAUUGGCCUGAAGGUAACUAUUCAAACAGAGAUAAACCUAAUCCUCGUGGUGAGUUAAUUAUCGGUGGACCUGCGGUUACAAUGGGUUAUUAUAUGAACGAAGAGGAAACUGAGAAAGUCUAUUGGGUCGAUGAUAAGGGAACUCGAUGGUGGAGAUCAGGGGAUAUUGGAGAGAUUUAUCCUGAUGGAACGAUUAAGAUAAUCGAUCGAAAAAAGGAUUUGAUUAAAUUACAGCAUGGAGAAUAUAUUUCCCUGGGAAAGGUUGAAUCCAUCUUGAAGAAUUGUCCUUUUAUCGAUAAUAUUUGUGUCUAUGGUGAUUCUUUCCAUAAUUAUCUGAUUGCAUUCGUAUUACCGGAGAGAAAUAGUUUAAUCCGAUUAGCUGAAAGUUUGGAUAAACAGAAUAUCACUUUCGGUGAAUUGUGUGACGAUCGAGAGGUGAUCGCAAAAGUAUUGGAAACUUUGAGAGAAUUUGGUGAAAGUAAAGGUCUUCUUAGGUUCGAGAUACCCAAUCGAAUCAAAUUAUGUCCAGAGGAAUGGACACCCGAUAAUGGACUGGUAACUGCAGCGUUGAAAAUUCGUCGAUUACAAAUUCAACAAUUCUACAGACAAUCAAUCGAUGAGCUUUAUUUAAGAUAAUCAUUUACUCUAAAUCUUUUCAAUAACACUUAACUUUUUUUUUCUUCAUCUAAAUUGUUUACAAAUAAUAUUUUAAUUGUAAUAAAAAGCUUUAAAUUUCAUUAUGAA